UGGGGAUUCUUCCAGGCAAGCUAACUUUUUUUACCUCCUUUGUCAUUUUUGAUAAAAUAUUUCUUGGAAAUGUGUACACUAGUUUGGUGACAGAUCAUUGGUAACUACGGAUUGUUGCUGGCUAUAUUAACAGAUCGUUAACCAUGGUAUCAAGGCUUCUCUCAUGGAGGAAAUGCUGAAAUCGGUUGAAGGGUUCUUCUCUCUUACAUGGGAAGAGAAAAUGAAAUAUGCUUCAGAUGAUGUUAUGAAUCCAGUACGGUACGGGACAAGCUUAAACACAUCGAAACCCCACAUUCUCCAUUGGAGAGACUACUUACGCCACUUCGGCCAUCCAAUUGAAAGCAGCUUUCACCUCUGGCCUAAUAAUCCUUCUAACUACAGGGAAGUAGCAAAAAAGUACUUGGAAGAUGUCUGGAAAUUGGCAAUGAAGAUAAGUAGUGCUAUUGCAGAAGGAUUAGGUCUCGAAAAGGAUUACAUAGAGAAAUCACUCGGUGAAGGUUGUCAAAUUGUUGCCUCAAAUUACUACCCUCCAUGUCCAGAGCCACAUCUUACUUUAGGUCUCUCUGCACAUUCAGACCACGGAGGUCUUACCAUUUUGAUGCAGAAUGAUGUCAAUGGAUUGCAAGUUCGGUACAAUGACACUUGGAUCCCAGUCCAUCACGUUCCUGGCACACUCGUUGUCAACAUUGGCGAUUAUUUAGAGAUAUUGAGCAAUGGGAGGUACAAGAGUGUGGAACAUAGAGCUGUGGUCAAUGAAGAAAAGACUAGGAUUUCGAUAGCUGUGGGUCAUGGGCCUGAUCUGAACUCCAUAAUAGCGCCUGCACGCGCCCUUGUCGACGAGAAGGAUGAACGUCCUCUCUACAAGCCCAUUGUUUACAGAGACUAUAUGAGAUGUCAACAGAGCUGUGCAGUGAGAGGAAAAGAACCACUAGGAAUUGUAAAGACCAAUGCAUCCUCAACCUCAUCAUCAUCAUUAGAGAUUUCAUACCCCUCAGAGUCGGCUUCAUCGAAGAUUUCAUCACCACAGUAGCCGCCACCCUCGGGGCCAGAGUUUUAUGUUAAUCACACUAAACUUGAAGAAUAAAUCUGUACUAGUUAUCUUAUCACUGUCAGCAUUUGAAUUUGAAAUAUGAAGUUUGGAUCGUAGAGAUCGAAAUUUUUAAUCAUAUACUAAUUCAAACACCAUAUGGUUAUCAGAAACUAAAGUAUAUACAACUUCGAUCCAAA